AAGACAGACAACGAAGCAAGUGAAGUACCUUUAGCGGCAAAAAGCACGCCCAAAGAUGCGUUAGUUAUGGCAGCUAUUUUGAAAGAAAUGGGAAUCAGUGAAUAUGAUCCAAGAGUUAUCAAUCAGAUGCUGGAAUACACCUAUCGUGAGUUUUAUAAUUCAAUAAUUGGUUGUCGACAUUUCUGGAGCUCUGUCUUUAUCUCCCCUUAAGCAACUUGAGCAAACUAUUAUGGACAGAUUUGAAGGGAUUUGGUAAAGCUGCAAAGUUUAAGUCUCGUUUGAUUUUUGUGUGUGUGUGCGUGUGUGUAAACAUCUGCUUUUUAUUUUAGAGAAAACUUGUUUAAACAUUGAACAUCUGUGGUAUUAACGCAAACGUUUCCAGGUUGUUUAUUCGAUUGUACAAAAACACGGGAUCUUCAGUACGGUAGAUUUCAAUGAACAAAAUCCUAUAGUGGGACCAUUCAGUUAUUUUUAAAAGUAGUAUUUGCUUUUUUUACUUAAAAAAUUAAUAAUUUGUCUUAGAUUUUCAUGGCAAAUGUAUUCCAGUGCUAUUAAGGAAAGAAAAAAAGGAUAAUCAAAUUUCACUCAGAUGGAAUCCAUUUUUUAUUUAGGAAGUACAAGGAUGUGCUCGGCAUUGUUGAGCAGGCCAUGAUCUGAUUGGUAGAAAACAACAAAAGCAAACCUGUGUGUCCAGUUUGUCAGACUGGGGGAGGACUCUGGGUUCAUUUUCCGAACAGCAGCUGCUAUUCUCAAGUCUUGUCGGCUAGUCGGUCCAGUCAUAUAGAGAAUUGCGCUAUCAAUCAGGACUGUUAAGCCAGAUCAGUUUAUUCAUACUGUGUGGCAAAAAAUUUGGGGGGAUUAGCAGUUUGUUUUGUUUCGCGGGAAAUAUUUUUUGAGAUUAGCGCAAAUUGGUUUUUAACGCUGGGAAUCAAUAUUUACGAUUUUGAUAAUGUCUUUGUAAUUAAUGCAUAUUUUCAAACAAUACUAUGUUGUGUGUAUCCUAUGUAAAACCAGUCAAACAGGUUGCUUGUCUUUUCCAUUGGAUUACAAACACGAACAGACAUGAUUCCUUACAUGUAUUUUUGAGUAAUGAAUUUAAGUCAGAGAAUUUUGGUCAGCACCUGGAAAUUUCCUUGUCCACCAAAGGCAAAAAAAUAGUCACCAGGGUCCACCAGGAUGUGGCAGAUAAGAGCAAACCUGUUUUUACUUCAGGUUACAUAACAACAGUUUUGGAGGAUGCUCUUGUUUACUGCAAACAUGCUGGUAAAAAAGAACUUGAUGCAGAUGAUGUCCAGCUGGCCAUUCAGUCAAGACUUGACCACUCUUAUACAAACCCACCACCAAGAGAGGUAAGUAAACUUUUUAUCCAGCCUUACUGUGACACUCAGAUAACAGUUAACACCUUUAAUAUUUCGGUCAGAAUGUUAUUGUUUUCCAAGGAAAAGACCAAUAGAUGCAAGAAGACUUAAGGAUUUAAUGGUGCUGAAAAAAAAAAUUGAAUUUUAACUACUUAAGGCCUCACAGCGAUGAACAGCUACAAAUAAACCAGGGUGUUCAUUAGGCAUCAGAGAUUGGAGAAUUCUCCAUUUACUAUGCAGAGUUUUCCGGCUAAUGUUCUUUAGCCUGUGACUAUUUUUAGUCAGAUAUGGAGCCUCUUUUGAAAUAUUUUCUUUUAACAUUACACCUUUCUUCUGCUAUUAGAAUUCUUAAUGAAUACCCUGAUAAACAAUAAUAUUGUUUACAGUCUGUCCCCUUUAAAAUAUUACAGAGUUAAAAUGUCUACCGAUUAAAAUUAAUCCUUUGGUAAAUGGUUUAUAGGAAGCCUAAAACAUUUACUUAAACCAUCUGUUAUAUUGUUGCAGUUUCUCAUUGAGAUUGCUCGUCAGAAGAACCGUCACCCUUUGCCCCAGAUCCAGGCAAAGAGUGGAUUGAGGCUCCCCCCUGAUCGAUACUGUCUGACCUCUACAAAUUACAAGGUCAAGGCGCAGAAAAAGGUAUUGUUGACAUAAAAAAAAUAGAAUACACUCAAAACUCCUUAAUACCCUCACCAAAGGGACAGAACCAAGUAGUGUCUGCUUUACAGAGGUGUCUGUAUUAUAGAGGUAGGGAUGGCAUUCUGGGACCAAACGAACUGUUUGAACUGUUUGUAAUAGAGAGGUGUCAGUAUUAUAGGUGUCCGUAAGGAGAGGUUAGACUGUAUUAAUUUUAAUUGAAGCUGGGUGCUUGGAUCAACUGCUGGUCUGGAUUGUUCAAAGCAGGGUUAAGAUAACCCAAGGUUAGUGUGACAUUUGAAUUCGGAGAUAAAAGCAAAAAAUCAAAUUCAGUUUAAUUCUUUUGGUCUGCAGUUUGAUGAUUGGUAUUUGAUUGAUUCAUAUUAAUUUUUUUUGAAAAGAAUAUUUCGCCUUUUCCCUUGUGCUCCUUUUAUUAAUAUAGAUAUACCGUAUAAGUUAUAGUUAAUUUUUUAUCGUUAUUGUAAUGUAUGCUAAUAAAGUUGAAACAAAGGAAAAACAAAAAUUACCUGGGAUAAAAAAUUAACUACAACAUAUAUUUGAUCAAAGAUGCUGUUUGAGGAUGUUGAUUGAAAAAUGCUUUCUACCUAGCAAUUUGUUGCACAACGUACCAUGAAAAUAAGUAGAGUAGUCACAUGUUGGACAAAACUGUUCAAACAAUAAUUUCUCAUUAAAAUAUCUUUAUGUGUCUCUAUGUUGUUUACAGCAUGCUCAAGUUCGUGCCAACCCUGUUGUGGCACGCACCAUUUCCCAGUCGUCAGUUUCAACUCCAAUUAAACCCAGCCCUGCAGUCACUGUUAAAAUGCCAGCAGUUACCCCAGUGUCAGCUCCAAUAGGAGCUUCAACAACUAUCACAACAGCCAAUACUUUGACUCCUGGAAGUGUCAGUAAAAUUACUGUGAAGCAGGAACCAACUGCCAGUGCAGGCACUCACACUGUUCAGAAAACAGGGGUGGCAAAUGCAGGGAUUGCAGUAUCACAGGUGGGUACCCUAUGCAAAGAGGCACAGGAAACUCAAAUCUUAAAUGUAUCCUUAGAAGUUUUAGGUAAACGUCUCCAUUUGUGAUCCAAAAUUGGGAAUUGAACUUACCCCUUAGGUAAAUUAGUACUUUCAUUAUAUUGAUCGAUAUUGAGUGCUAGUAUAAAAAGCAUAACAGAGAGAACUGUAUCAUAAAGCCUUUUGUUAUUGGGCCAUCAUAGUUUAAUAAAAAAAACGCAAACAGCGGUGAUAAUCGUGAACUAUUGCAUUUUUAUAUAAACUUUAAGUGAUCUAAACUGAAACAGUCACUUUAGAUUACUUUCAAAAAUGUAUGUUGCCUAGCAUAUGAAUCGUCAAGUUUAUGUAGAAAUGCAAAAGUUAUCAAUGUUUAUCACCACUGCAUGUGUUUUAUUUUUGAUUAUCACUUAGAGAAGUUGUCAUGGAUUUAACAAAGUGGCCUUACAGGUGCUUUUUUAGCAGAUAAGCUUUGUAACUGCUAUUAUUAUUAUUAUUAUUAUUAUUAUUAUUAUUAUUAUUAUUAUUAUUAUUAUUAUUAUUNUUCUCAUUAAAAUAUCUUUAUGUGUCUCUAUGUUGUUUACAGCAUGCUCAAGUUCGUGCCAACCCUGUUGUGGCACGCACCAUUUCCCAGUCGUCAGUUUCAACUCCAAUUAAACCCAGCCCUGCAGUCACUGUUAAAAUGCCAGCAGUUACCCCAGUGUCAGCUCCAAUAGGAGCUUCAACAACUAUCACAACAGCCAAUACUUUGACUCCUGGAAGUGUCAGUAAAAUUACUGUGAAGCAGGAACCAACUGCCAGUGCAGGCACUCACACUGUUCAGAAAACAGGGGUGGCAAAUGCAGGGAUUGCAGUAUCACAGGUGGGUACCCUAUGCAAAGAGGCACAGGAAACUCAAAUCUUAAAUGUAUCCUUAGAAGUUUUAGGUAAACGUCUCCAUUUGUGAUCCAAAAUUGGGAAUUGAACUUACCCCUUAGGUAAAUUAGUACUUUCAUUAUAUUGAUCGAUAUUGAGUGCUAGUAUAAAAAGCAUAACAGAGAGAACUGUAUCAUAAAGCCUUUUGUUAUUGGGCCAUCAUAGUUUAAUAAAAAAAACGCAAACAGCGGUGAUAAUCGUGAACUAUUGCAUUUUUAUAUAAACUUUAAGUGAUCUAAACUGAAACAGUCACUUUAGAUUACUUUCAAAAAUGUAUGUUGCCUAGCAUAUGAAUCGUCAAGUUUAUGUAGAAAUGCAAAAGUUAUCAAUGUUUAUCACCACUGCAUGUGUUUUAUUUUUGAUUAUCACUUAGAGAAGUUGUCAUGGAUUUAACAAAGUGGCCUUACAGGUGCUUUUUUAGCAGAUAAGCUUUGUAACUGCUAUUAUUAUUAUUAUUAUUAUUAUUAUUAUUAUUAUUAUUAUUAUUAUUAUUAUUAUUAUUAUUUUAUGUGGCAGGUAAAAACUGAACCUGGAAAAACUGCUAUGACAAGCACAACUAAAACAGGUGUACCAACAACAGCAUCUCAGGCCACAGUCAUCCCAGCUUCUAUGCUAACUGUGUCAGCUCUUCCAAGCAUGGAUGAAACAAUGGCAAGUACUCAGCAACCACUGAUCACUCCAAUGAAACGAAAACAUGAGGAUGAAGAUGAUGACUACGAUUCCUAG